CCUCUUCUCUUCUGACUAACUUAACAAUAGCAAGACGAAAGAAAAACUUCCAGACAAACCCUAGUGAAAAACGCAGAAACAAAAAUCAGAGAAAAUGGCUUCCACCAAUCAAACUCCCACAAAGAAAAACCCCAAGAAAGCCAAUCUUUUAGAUCAUCACUCUAUCAAGAACCUUCUCGAUGAGUCAGUCACCGAGAUUGUGACAAGCAAAGGAUAUCCAGAAGAUGUGAGAUUGAGUAAUGUAAGGUUGUUGAUUGGGACAAUUAUCAUAGCAAUUGCUCUUGUUGCUCAAUUCUACAAAAAGGAGUUUCCUGCUAAUCGUGAUUUUCUCAUUGGCUGCAUUGUGUUGUAUAUUCUGUUCAACGUGAUAUUGCAGCUGAUUAUCCACACAAAGGAAAAGAAUGCAAUUUUGUUCACCUAUCCUCCGGAAGGGUCUUUUAACAGCACUGGCUUAAUCGUCUCUUCGAAGCUGCCUAGAUUCUCUGAUAAGUACACACUUACAGUAGAGACUGCUGAUCCCAAGUCGAUUUCUGCAAAGCCAAAAGUGGAAUUUACCAAGAGUGUCACACAAUGGUUUACCAUGGAUGGAGUUCUUGUGGAGGGGCUAUUCUGGAAAGAUGUUGAAGCCUUAGUUAAUAACUAUGCUAAGGAACACAAAAAGAGCAAAUAAAUGCAAUGUCAAGACUCAAGACAUAUUUUGUUAGGGAUCUUGGUGGCCUAGAUAGCCAAUGAGAUUGAAAAUGUCGGUUAAUGACUUCUGGUUAAUAUCACUCAAAUCAUUAUAGAAGCAAAUUGAUCCGUUUUCAUUGUUGAAUUAUAGUGAUCCAUUUCCAUUGUUAAAAAAGUGAUCAUUUUUCUUUGAUAAAAUGAAUGUGGUCAUGAACAUA